AUGAGUCGUGGCGGGACCCGGAGAGAUGCCGCAGUGACACUGCUGCAGGGUUGCUCCCCUAACAGCUCCAUUGCACCCGAGAGCCGCGGGUGCCACCGUUCGUGUUCAUCUGUCUCUUGCAGAGUCCUCCAGCACAACAACCUGCUGGCGGUGAAGAGGCGCUCGCUGGGGGGGCUGCUCCUGCUGAGGCACCUGGAUUUAUCUUACAACAAAAUCCAGUUGAUCGAGGCACGUGCUUUUGAGAACCUUCCUUUCCUGGAGACCAUAAGCCUGGAGGGAAAUCUCAUCACCCAGAUCCGGAGCGACACCUUCCGGGCAUGGCACGGGAUGCAGUUCCUCCAGACGCUGGUCCUGCGCCAUAACCCCCUGUCUGUUAUCGAGGACACGUGGUUCUUCAAGCUGCCUUCAGUCACUCACCUGGACCUGGGUGCCACACGAGUGACUCGGCAGACGCUGCUCAUGCUGCUCCUGAGAACAUCCCGCUUGGAAACACUCAAGCUGUCCAUCGACACGGCCUGCUGCCUCUGCCAGCACAAGCACAGCACUGAGACCCCGUGCAGGACCCUCAGCUUCGACUGCAUGAGCGUGUGCAACAGCACUGUUCCCCGCUGCGCUCCCCUGGCAGAGACACCAGGGCUCCUAAUGGGACCGGUGCCCCCCAAGAAAGGGAACAACAGGUCUGUGUUGAAUCUCCAGCCUAAGGAGCCUUCACUCGGGGAGCAGAGAACCGUCACGCUCACAGUUGCCCGGAGCCUGAGCAGCCCCGAUGCAUCAGCACCUUCCCCUCAGCAGCUCUCGAGGCAGGAGGGCAACACCGCCAAGGAGCUGACGCUGAUGCUGCGGAGCAUUCAGCACGGGGGCUGGAGCAGCUCUAUCGACACCAGGAGGCUCUAUUUCCUAGCAGAGGGGCUCGUGGCACAGCUAAAGAACAAGCUGCACAAGGCCAUGAGCAUCCUGACUGUGAAAAGCCCCAGCACAGCCCGGCCAGCGCAGAGGGACAAGGGGCACGAGGUGGCAGUAGGGGAGGGAGGAAGAGCCAUAAACUGGCAGAAACAGGAGCUGGGCUUAGGCUUGACCCGCGCAGAGUCCAUCUUAUGGGAAGCAGUGCGGAGCAUGAACCUCAGCGACGUCCUCCCAGUCUCUAGUCACCAGAGAACACCCAGCCCUCCUGCAGCACAGCCCCCUGCACAAUACCCAACAGAGGACCCAAAUCUCGACCGGUCUGGCGAGAGUCAGGAUCAUUCCCACGCCAUGGGGCAGACCAACAGGACUGACAGGAUGGAGAAUGAGGAUAGUGCAGAAAAUGAGGAGGAAGCACCAUCGCCAACACAGGACUCUGCUGGGACAGAUGAGGAGCAGAAGCAGCAGGACAGCGAUGGGACAGUGGGCAGCGAGGGUGCAGAAGAAGAGCCCGCAGCAGCAGAGGGUAGAGCAGAGCAGAGACUGAGCACUAUCCAGCAUUUCUUCUAUGCUCUGCUGGCUAAAAACGGCCCCCCUGCUGCCAGCAGCACACCAGAGGACACGGCUGCAGCAGAGCGUUCCUCUCUCGGCGGGAGACCACCCACCGCCCCUGCAAGCACCACCACACAGCAGCCCAAGGAGCAUCACAAGGAGCAGGAACCCCCGAGCCCAAGGGCACAGGGCAGCUCCAGGGCCCCGGGUGGCGCGGCCAUGCGACGACCCCCCUUUGACACCCUGCUCAGCCGCCACCUGCACUCUCUGGUGCCAGAUGGAGCCCUGCGCAGGUUCAUGGCACAGGUGGCUCGAGCCCUGCGCGAGGACUGUGGCCUGCCCCAGCUCCAGCAGGCCUGCGCCGAGAUGGUCUCGAGGACGGAGCUGCUCCUGAAGCUGCUGAGUGAGAGGCAGCGUGACCCGGAGCCCUCUGACCUCCUGGAGCAGUGUGUGCGGGAGGAGGAUGCCGGCACCUCUCGUCCCCAUGCCCAAGUCCAGGCCAGGGAGAUGGGCAGUGAAUCUGCAGAGACGGUAGGAGAGAACGGGGCAUGGCUGCAGGAGAUGGCCAAUCACACCUUUGACCGCUGGCUGCCGCCGGUGCUGGCGCUCUCGCUGUUACUGAACUUCAUCACGUCCGUUGCUCUCCUGGUGCAGUGCUGUUUCAAGCACCCGUUGCUUCCAGCCGUGCAGCAAUGCCCCUGCUCCCUGCCCUGA